AUGGUGGCGGCUUCGGCGAGCGGCAGCGACGUGGAGAAGCUCAAGAAGAAGCUGCGCAAGCGCGUGACCCAGGCUCUGGACGAGGUCUGCGGGGAAUAUGCGAGCGAGCAGCAGCAGCGCACGCCGCUGCAGCAGUCGGACGUGAGCAUGGAUCAGACCUACGGCAGCUGCAAGAAGCUGGUGGCCUACAUCUCGGACAACAUGGCCACGUCGCCGGGCUUCGUGGAGCAGAUGGACCGCAUCAUCCUUGCUUGCUUCAGCGGCGCCUCCAAGCGCGUGCUGAGCACAGUCGCGACCGAGGAAGUCUGGUUCCGAGCUGAUGCGGAGGUGCAGCAGCAGCAGCAGCAGCAGGAGGCUCUGCCAAGAGCCCGCAGUCACGAUGGACCUCGCGGCCACAAGAAAUUCACGGGGAAAGCAGCAACUAGUUCUACGCCUGCUGUUGACGAGCCUGUUAUCAAGGUGGAGAGAGUUGAAGUGAGUGCUAUUGGUGGUGGUACUCCUGCAGACGGUGCGGGGCUAAAGAGUCGCGAGGUGGCGGGCUCCGUGCUGGCGAAGCGACCUAGGAGCAGAACCAGCAAGAAGAAGCUGUCGACCAAGAAAUCGCUGCAGGCGCUGGUGGUGACGGAACCGAAGACGACUAAGCGACGCGCGGACACUGCGAGCUCUGCAGAGGAGAGUGUUGAAGCGGGAGCUGAAACGGAGACGGACGUGGAGAAGGAGGAACGAAAGAGACCCAAGAAGAAACCGACGACUCAGAAGAAAGCGGCAGUGCCGGUGGAGGAUGAACAGGGGUUGCUGACGUUCAAGGAGGCUAUCGGCGAGCUUUGCUACCAAGAAAAUCGCACGCCCGAGCAGACCGAAUUUUUCAAGGAGCGUCUACGCAAGUCGAUCCAGUUCGUAGACGCUUUGCUUUGCCGGUCGCCUCCGGGUAAAGUGUGCACGCGCACUUGCAACAAAAUCCGGGGAUCGAUGUGCAACAGCACCGUGCCGUGUGAGGACAAAAUGUGCCGGAUCUGGCACGACGUCGAGGCGCACACAGAUCGCUGCAAGAACACGAAGUGCGAGUUCAAACUCCGAAUCUUAGUGCGAGAAACGAUGCACAAACUCCACAGUAAGCAGUUGGAGAUUAAGAAUGCCAGCCAGAAACUGCGCAAGAAGAACGCAGCUCUGGACGACUUGAAUGCCACCGAGCUGAGCGAGCCGGGGACGUUUGCAGACACGAUCUCAACGCUCGAAAGCGAGAUUGGGAAACUGGAACAAGGGCUUGUUGACGAGGAAGCCGAAAUGGCCGAAAUCAACGCUACUCUUGAGAGGUACUGGACGACCUUGAACGAGAUCGGGAUUGAGUCGAGACACGACGAGAUCGACAAAUUCCCAGAGUUCGUGACGCACUAUGUGAUCAAGAAGAAGCGGCGAUAA